CGGACUGUGCUCGCCGUGCUACGUUCAGUUCAGGUGCCUGACGUCUAAUGAAGUGGAAGUUUAGAUUUAAGUCCGGGUAGAUCUCGAUGGGACGGCGUCGGUGUCGCUUUUUUUAAGUGGAAAUCUUGAAGAGGGGGGCGCGCACAAGAGGCUUUUUGGCACAGCCAGUCACCUGUAGAUGCGCACCUCCUCAACUUUUGCCUGCCUUUUUCGAACUUACUCACGUGAAGUUUUCUCAUUCUCGUUGCAGUCACGGAUACCUACUGAUGUAGAAAAGGUUUUUUUUUUUUUUCCCCCACUGUGACAUCCCGUCAGACGAAAACAUUAAUUUUUCUCUCUGUUUCUUGAAAGGGAGGUGGAGACAACUACCACCCCCCCCCCCUCCAUCCUUGACUGAAAUUACCAACACACUUUGUGCAGUGGAGACUCUUAAAGCACUCCCAAAGAGCUUAAAAUGGAGGCUACCGAAGACUAUUCUGCAAGUAACGGGCAAUGCUCUCCCGGUAAGGAGAACUCGAGAAUGUUGGCGGAUAUGUCAGCACCUAAUGGACAAACAGUUCCUCAAGGUCCUACUUCCCCCCGUGAGCUGAAAAUUAAGCAGGAAGAAGACAUAGCAAAAGAAGUUGACAACAGCAACCCGGCAGCUGAAGAAAUUGGCCAAACAGGGGAAGAAGGAGCAGCACAGGAAGAAUGUCUAGCUGGCAGCCCAGGCAAUGAACAGAAUGACUUAUCAGGGACAAAUGAAUCAGCUGAUGCAGGAAAUCGACAAUCGAACGGUGAGAGGCCGUUCCAGUGCAACCAGUGUGGUGUGUCGUUCACCCAAAAGGGAAACCUGCUGCGACACAUCAAGCUUCACACAGGUGAAAAACCUUUCAAAUGCCCCUUCUGCAACUAUGCCUGCCGGCGCCGCGAUGCCCUCACUGGUCAUUUGCGCACUCAUGCUGUAGGCAAACCCCACAAGUGCAACUACUGUGGACGGAGUUACAAGCAACGUACUUCCUUGGAGGAGCACAAAGAGCGUUGCCACAGUUACCUCCAGGGUAUCAGCUUGGAUCCCUCUGUCAACCCUGGCCCGUACACAGGUGAAAAGAUGGCUCGAUAUAGCUAUCCUGAGAUGGGCUAUGACAUGGGUGUUAAGUAUGAAAAACAGGCUGAGCUGCUACCCGCUCAUAUGAUGGACCAGACUAUCAACAACACCAUGACAUACCUGGGAUCGGACAUUCUGCGUCCCAUCCUCCAUCACCCAGGUCCUCCUCUGUCAAUGGCUGAAGUAGUGCCGAUUGUUAACUCCCCCUUCCACCACGUCCUCCCAAUUGGUCAGCGAACGGAACGUGCCGGGAAUUGUGAGACGCUUCGGCUGCAGCCACCUCAACCCCAUGAGUACCCUAGUCACCCCACUUCAAAUGGCCCCACUCCCAUAAACAGACAAAACAAGCCACCACAAUCCGGACGAGAGGGGUCCCCCAACAACAGUGGCGCUGACUCUGCUGACUCAGCUCGCAGCAGCCCUCAGGACAGGCAAAGCUACCACAACAGCAAUGCCCCUCCCGGCCUUAGGUCCCGAGCCAUCCCCGCUGUGGUCUAUUCAGGUGAGCGGAUUAGGGAUGCGGCACCCAGAAACGGGGCAGGAGUCGUAACGGGGAUAAUGCGGAUGGCCGCGGAGAGGCCCGUGAACCAGGAAGGGGUGCGUGUGUUCGGACGAGAAGGCCACGAGUUGCGAGCCUUCCAGUGCGAGCACUGUCAAGUGCUCUUCCUGGACCACGUCAUGUACACAAUCCACAUGGGUUGCCACGGAUACAGGGAUCCACUGGAAUGCAACAUCUGCGGCCAUCGGAGCAAAGACCGCUAUGAGUUCUCUUCUCACAUAGUCCGCGGGGAGCAUACCUUCCAGUAACAAGAUGUUUCAUGGAGGAGAAGAAUCUGAACCAUAGAAAAAGAGAAAUAAAUGAACAGAGGAAUGGCCUGCGAUCCAUCAUUAUUCCCUUUGAAACUGUAUUGAUGAAUGACACUGCUGACAAGUGUAGCACAAUCAAAGACUUCAUUUUAAGCUACUUAUUAUGAAUUCACAAUUUGCAAAAUCAUAUGAAGGUAUGGGCCAAAGAAACAUUUUCUGCUUAUUUAAUCAAUGUAGAACAAAGAAGGUAAGAUUUUUUUUCUGUCUCUUUUCACUAUGUCAAAAAAAACGUUUUUACCUGUUUAUUCAUCUAAGCUUAUUUGGAAAUGUCUUCUGUUUGUUGCCUCUGCAUUCCUCAUGCUUUAAAUAUGACAAAUGUCACUUUUUGACACUUUGUUAGUACACACACAUAUAACAGGAUACCUUACUGUGUGGUAGGGCUAACUGGAAAUGAGCUCCAGUCGAUCCAGAAACAAUGUCAGGGUUUCACAUAACCCUAAAACAUAAAAAGAAUGCAUUAGCAGGGAAGAAAAGUAUUGGAACUUUUUUUACCUUUGGAAUUUUACAUAUAUGGCUCCACAGAAUGAAGAAAUGAAAGAUAAAGUACUGCAUAACAGCAAUUACUUUUGUAUCAAAACUUAAAACGAUAAGGUAGUAAUGUAAUCAUCUGGAGGUGCAUAAUGUACAGAAAAUGGAGGCAUUAAAUGUAUGCUAUGAGAAGAAGUAUCAAUACUAGUGGCAAACUAAUGUGUCAUUAAACAAACAAAGAAUAGAUUUACAAAUGUAUAUUGGAAUUUGUGAAUUUAGAAUUUACAGUCACAAUUUGUUGGCUGAUCGAGAGCUUUUUGUCACCUUAAAUAGGUCUUUAAGAGUACACUCAAACACAUUUUUUAACUGGAUAUACCAUAUCUGAUACACGCAUCAGAUUUUUUAUAUAUUGGCCGAAAUUGCACUAAAAACAGUCUACCUGAUGCUACCUCUCAUAAUUUGUUUUGUUUAAUGAAAUAGUCACCAUGAUUCAUUUCCAUCAUUAAUUAGUCAUUAUUUUAGGUAAUUCCAUCACAUUAUAAACAGCAGUCCAGUAUUUUAUACUUGUUCCAGUUUUUUAUAUAAAACUAUGUUAGACCAUUUGGAGUUGUUUCAGUAUAUAGUCAGACAAUUUUUCUUCAAUAAUCAUAUAUUUGUAAAUUUUGUCUUAUUUGAAAAUCAAUUUGUGCUUUGUAUUGACACUUGCUUCUCUCCAUCAUAAUCAGCCACAUGUCAUUUGAGGCUUGGCAGGUAAAACCGUGACAGAUUAAGUAAAAGCACGCUGAAAGUUACAGUAAUUGAGGAAGUAGAAUGUUGCCUAAUCGUCUUCGUUCCAACUGUGACCUUAAAAAGGUUCAUUUGGGACAUGUUUUCUCUGCUUUUAGCCUUCUGGGUAUUUCACACAGGUGACUGACUAUGUUUUUUUCCACUGUGGUUUUAUAGAACAGAAUUACGUCCUGGUGACUGAUGAGUGACUUUAAAUUCUUGCACAGCAUUAAAUUCUCAAACUUUGAGCAUCACUGUUUCUUUGAAAGUGGAAAACAGCAUUGAUGGCCUGUUGAUGAUUGCCUGGCAGCAGUAACAAGCCUUAUGACACUGAAAAACACAGGAAGCUCUCUAAUAUAACUCCCUUCAUGCUUUAUACCUUUAUGUUUUUUUUAAUCUGCUCCACCAUGUGAUCUUGGCUCUGCAAAUUCAUGUUUUUUGUAGAAUAGCAAAUACAUUCUUUGUGUUGAGGUUAACACGUUCAUCCUUUUCGAAGAUCAUGAUCAGAGAAAUAUUUUACUGAAGUUGAAGCUCAAAUGUUGUGCCGGCUCACCUCCCAGGAAUUUUUAAUCACAUUAUGCUUUAAUAGACCCCGAUGAUUCGGCUUCUCUCUAAAAACCAUGUCACCAACAAGCUCGUAGACACUAAUGUCUGUUACUUUUCCUCGUUCUCUGGGUCUUGCUCGUUGCGUUGCCAUAGUGUCACCACACUCAUGUAUGACCUUUUACAGCGAGGAUCAAGAAAGGGAAAGCAUGAGCAGGAGGCUAACUUAAGGGAAUGUGGUUGCCACACCAUGUGCAGUAGUAAUAGUCAGAAGGCACUUCUGAAAACUGUAGCAAAUGUUCCAAAUCACCUCCAUAAACCUUUAACAUCUAAGGCUUGUGUAAAGGGCGAUAAGAACAUUACCACUGUAGUACAUUGAAGGAGAUCGUAUUCUGAUCCAUAAGGCCAGGUCUUGCUGUGAAAGGAAUCAGAUAAGACUGUGCCCGGUACAGUUGGUCAUGCACUUUAUGUCUACAGGCAGCAUUCUUUUUUCUUUUUUUUAAAGAUAGUUUAGAUACAAUGGGGAAAAAAGGAGAACAAGUAAUUUGUUUAAAAAGUGAAGCAGUGAUGAUGUACAGACUCACUUCUGUAUCGGAUCUCAAAAGAAAUCAUUUUUAGUUUUACAUGUCUUGUUUUCUAAAAUUAUUUACAGAUGUUUGCUCUUUUUGUUAAAACUUAAUGAUGUUUGCUUUCAUGUUCAGUAUCUUUUUGACUCAAAAGGCAGCUUCUCUGUUGACAGAUUGCCUUUUAGCAUACAAGGCCACUGUUUGAAUAGUUUUGGCAUUGGAAAUUGUUUACACCUUACAGCUGUUUACUGACUAUACAUUCCUCCAUGAUAUUACUACUGUACAUAUUUGUUAUAUGAAAAGCCUUAUCUGUGUAAAAACUAUGUCUUUACAAAACAACCUACCUUUUUAUUUAUCCUUAAAAAUGUAAGAUAAUGAGACCCUGAUUUUUGGAAAAAUCAACAUCUAUCGAUCUAUCUAUCAUUUAACUGAAGCAGCCAUAUGAACAAAAAACGAACAAAAAAAAGCCUUCUAUUGGCCUCAUAAGAGUGAGGAUCUUACUUGAACAUUUAAAUCGCUGAUGUUGCUACAGAUUGUGGGGAUGUAUUUUGUAAAUUUGAAAGGUGAGUGUGCUAAAUGUCUAUUUUUCUGCUGAAAUGUUCCAGUGUGUCUAUGAAGUUUAAACAUGUUUACAGAAUUAUAAAAGACAGGGGUAACGGGUGCGUUGAAUUUUUUUAGAAUUAAUAUCUGCACUGAAUAUUAAGAAUAUCAACAAAUGCGUGCUGAUUGAUCUGUUCUGAAAUUGACUUUCUUAUGUGAGGGCUCUCAGGUAUUUGCAUAGGUUGUGUAUUUUUGUUAAAAACAAUUUAUAUAUGAGGAAAGAGGCACAUGAGUGAAAUUCCUUUCUUUUUUUAUAAAACUGAAUGUGGUUAUAAAAUUUGGACAACUGCUCAGCCCAUAUUUUUCUGUUUUUUUAACUUCUAUGACCUUACAUGAAGACACACCGCUGUGAAAAAAAAAUGUAUAUUUUAAAGCAUGAGUGUCUGUCAAUUAAAAAUCUGGUGUUUGGCUUUGCUUGUGUUGUAAAUUCUAAAAAUGUAAGUCAGACUUUUGUUUUUGUUUUUUCAAUCAUUCAAACUUGUAAUUGAAAUACUUUGUUCUAAGAAAUAAAGUUCUAAGAGAUG